CUAUUCCUCCCACUGACACCAACGAUGGGGCACUAUUCCUCCCACUGACACCAACGAUGGGGCACUAUUCCUCCCACUGACAACAAUGGGGCACUAUUCCUCCCACCGACAACAACAAUGGGGCACUAUUCCUCCCACUGACAACAACAAUGGGGCACUAUUCCUCCCACCGACAACAACAAUGGGGCACUAUUCCUCCCCACUGACACCAACGAUGGGGCACUAUUCCUCCCACUGAUACCAACGAUGGGGCACUAUUCCUCCCACUGACACCAAACAAUGGGAGGAAUUAUGGCCCAUUAUAAAAGCAAGCAAAGGGCCACAUCUAGCCCCCAGACUGCAGUUUGAAGACCACUGCUUUAGACCAUCA